UAGAACACACACGCAUAAUUAGACGCCAUGAGCCCCCACGCGAGGCAGCCGGAGCCACUGCAAGAUCGUCAGCGGCAGGAUGAGCAGGGUGAGCCGCUGGUCAAGGCUAGGCAGGUGAGGAGGAGGCUGCGCACGUCCACGAGCAGGCCGUUCCAGGAGAGGCUGGUCGACAUGGCGGCGGCCAGGAAGGAGAUCGCCGCCGCUCUCAGGGUCCACAGGGCCGCCGCCGCCGCGGUGACCAGGAGGUCCAGAGAUCAGCACGAGCAGCAAGUGCAGUGUCCCCCCUGCGAUGCCUUCUUCUCCGACCACUUGCGCGACGACUCUCCGCCGCGUUACCUCGCACCUGUACUUCCGGUCGCGCCGCCCGUCGGCGGCGGCGGCAUGCUGGGUCACCUGGACCGCAGCCUCCCGGCGCUGCCGCUGGGGCUCAACCUCAACUUCCAUGGUUUUACUUGCUCGUCUGUGUAUGAUGCCACUAGCAGUGCUGGCGAUUCUCGUAACCGUCCUUUGAUCCAACCGCCGGCCGCUGACUCCUCUGACUCUCGGGCGCGCUCGUCUCCCCCAUUGGCGGUGAUGCUGAGCCAAGAAGGUUCACCGGCGGUCGACGCCCUGGAGAACGCGGCGUUGUCGGCAGGUGCGCCGCACGUGGUGCUGGAGGGCGAGGGUGAGGCCACCUCCUUGCUCGAGUGGGGUGACGCGGCCGCCACGCCGGCGUGCGCGUGGUGGAGCGACGUCCUCGAUCAGGGCACGGAGGGCAGCGGUUGCGUCGGCGAGCUGUGCGCGCCGGCCGGGCAGGAAGGAGGCGACGUUGACGUGGCGAGUAUGCCGGCUGCGGGGUGGCUGUACGACGGCUCCGGCGACCAAGGAGCCACAUGGAGCGGCAAGACGGUCGGCGGCGACGACUACCACCAGCGGGACGGCGAAGACAUAGCCUUGCCAUGUAUGGAGAUCGAAGGGUGGGACGGGGAGUGA